CAUUACUCUGACGCUGCGUAACUUGACGCUGGUUCCUGCAGUCUGAGCUGACAGCCACGUCACCUCCUCUGAACCAACUUUGCUCUCGGACCUCUGCACAUACACACACACAGCUGAGCCUGUGAGCGGAAUAGAAAGACAUUUCAUCCGUCACGUCCAUGCGUUGAGAUAACGAGCCAAGUUUGGAGUUUACCGUGCAGCUGUUUAUCUCGUCAUUUUAUUUAUUUUUUUGCACGCAAACAGUGUGCGUUUGGUCGUUGAACAGCCCCGUCCCGCCGCCUGCAGACGUGUCAGGUCUUUAAGGAGUUGUACCAAAGUUUUGUUUUUUUAAUAUUUUGUUGAACAUAAACAAUAUGAACGUCUUUCGUCUGGCCGGUGACGUGUCACAUCUGGUGGCGAUCAUCAUCCUGUUACUGAAGAUAUGGAGGUCCAAAUCCUGUGCUGGCAUCUCUGGGAAGUCUCAGGUGCUGUUUGCACUUGUGUUCACCACCAGAUACCUUGACUUAUUCACUGUCUUCAUUUCUCCUUACAACACAGUCAUGAAGGUGGUGUUCCUAGCUCUGUCCUAUGCCACCGUCUAUAUGAUCUACAUGCGCUUCAGGAACAGUUACGACUCAGAGAACGACUCAUUCCGCGUGGAGUUCCUGUUGGUGCCAGUCAUCGGGCUUUCCUUCCUGGAGCACUAUGCUUUCACCCCAAUGGAGAUCCUGUGGACCUUCUCCAUCUUCCUGGAGGCAGUGGCCAUAAUGCCACAACUCUUCAUGAUCACCAAGACCGGCGAGGCAGAAUCCAUCACCACCCACUACCUGUUCUUCCUCGGCCUCUACCGAGCCCUCUACAUAGCCAACUGGGUGUGGCGUUACCACACCGAGGGCUUCUUCGACCAGAUUGCUGUGGUGUCUGGCGUUGUGCAGACCAUCUUCUACUGCGACUUCUUCUACCUUUACUUCACAAGGGUUCUUCGAGGGAAUGCAAAGAUGAGCCUGCCGAUGCCCGUUUAAAGCGUGUCUCCACUGUGCCUGCUACAGUUCAGCAUCUGAACACAGACCUGCCCUUCAACUGUACAUGUCUUUAGCAAUGGGACUUAUGGUCUGACGUCAUUCUAUAGACCGAAACUAGCGCACCUCUAGAAAUUGAAUUUCUGUUUGAUUGGUACUUUGUGUGUGAGUCUGUGUAUUUUCAAGUGUGUGUAUGCAUGUGUGUGCAUACAUACGCUGUUGUGGUUGAAAGUCUGUGAUGUAUGUUUGGGUUUUUUUCUCCAUAAGAUGCAAAGGUGACACUGGAAAUGUGUCCCUGAUGUGCAUAUGGAGCUUAAAUUCAUGCAUCUAAGCAACACUGCGGAAACUGUUUGUCUUUAUUUUUCCUUUAAUGUGCCGAGAGAGACUGUGGAAACAGCUGAAUGCAGUUUGUGACAUUUAUUUUGUUUAAUACAAGCUGUUAGAAUGUCGAAUCCACAGAAAUGUAAAUGAGGUUGGCUGUAGUAUUUCUGUACAGCACUCAGGUAGAUCAUAGCUUUAGUUUCCACACGGUACAGUUAGAGAUACAGAGUGCCCAGAGUUUCGUGUCAAAGGUUUCUACACUUUAUCCAGUCACCAUUGUGUGUUUGAGUCUUGCCCAAUGAUUUACAUUUGUAAAAUUGUACUCUCUAAUCUUCCACAAUUUUUUCCUCUUUGGUUCUGUAGUGUUAGACACUCCCCGGAUAGCUUACUGUAUUAUGUGCAAACGUUUUUCCCUUAUUGCCAAGUAUGUUACUUUUAUGUAUUUCUUCUCAAUUGUAGGCUUUUCUAUUUCAAUGUAUUUCUAUUUCAUGGGAGAAAAAAGGGCUAAACAUUUUGUCUUGUCAUAAAUGAAGCCAAAGAAAGAAUAACUGCUGCAACGUUUCAGUAAAACAUGUUUUUGAAGUUG